GAGAAGGAGGAGGAGGAGGAGGGUGGGUGAGGGCGCCGCUGGCCGGCCAGCCCAGCCCUCCUCGGUGCCCCCCGUUCUUUCCUUUGGGGAUGGUCAUAGAAGAGCUGGCAGGCGCUGGAGGAAGGGGGCUCGGGCAUCGACAUGCACAGUGCUCGGUUUGACAGCUUUCUGAGCCAGCUCCGCUGGGAAUUGUUGUGUGGCCGGGACACAGGCUCACCCCCUAUGCCUGGCCCUCUCCAGCCAGCCCCCAAAACCAGCCCAGGUGUACAGCCCAGCCACCAGCUCAGGGUCUCAGAUACUUUGGAGGAGGACUCUGUCUGCUGUAUGGAGGAGGAAGAAGAGGAAGAGGAGGCCGUGGUAACACGAGACAGGGGUGCUGCUUUUGGAGGGCCCAAAGAACACACCUUAGACUGGGACUCCGGUUUCUCCGAGGUAUCAGGGAGUACGUGGCGAGAAGAAGAAGCAUCUGUACUGCAGCGCCCAGCACCUCCAGCUCGGCCCCCUCCCAGCCAGCGCUUCUCAGUCAGUGGCCUUCCCCUGCCCAGCCGGGUACCUGCAGCCCGAGUGCCACCCGUCCACCGUCCACGGCCCAAAUCCACGCCAGAUGCCUGCCUAGAACACUGGCAGGGACUAGAAGCAGAGGACUGGACAUCGGCGCUGCUCAACAGGGGUCGAAGUCGCCAGCCCCUGGUGUUGGGUGACAACUGUUUUGCCGAUUUGGUCCACAAUUGGAUGGAACUGCCCGAGGCAGCAGGUGAAGGGAGCGAUGGAGGUGUACCCCGGGUCCGGGCCCGGCCCCCCCAGUUCCUGCUUGGUCUCUCGGAGCAGCUGCGGCGUCGGCUGGCCAGGGCUCGGCGGGCGGCUGUGGCCGGCAAGCAACUGUCCUGCCCGCCUCGCUCAGCACCUGACCUGCCUGUAGAAGUCUCACGCUUCGCAGCCCUCAUGAACUGCCGGAGCCGCCAACCCAUCAUCUGCCAUGACGUCAGCUACCUCUGACCCUGCCCUUCCAGCCUGGGACAAUAAAGAUCUUUUUCUA